AUGCUAACUGUUCUCAAAAUAAUUAUUUCGUGUAUAAGGAAAGGUGAACCAGUGGACUGGUCGAAUUACAAUGUGUACACAGUCGCCAACGUUGCAAAGCGUUUCUUUCUCGAUGUUCCCGGAGGGAUCCUCGGAGAACACAAUGAGCGACGUCUCCUGUUAUCCUCAAUAACCCCCAGAGAAACUCUUCAGUCCCGGGUUUCUGCUACGUACGAAACUCUCCAACAACGCCUACCAAAAAAGUUAAAACACGCUCCGGGUUUCGAAACGCCCUCCUAUGUUGACACUGAAGAACAAGAAAGUGAGAAAAUAUUUUCCUCCCCUCUUCGUUCUGACAACACGGGACUGCUCUGCGAUUUCGGAAUGCCUCCAAUAUCACCUACUGAAAGGGAAAAACUAGACCUGUUUGCCGAAAUAUUGGAUACGUUGCCCGAAUGCUGUCGUGAGGUAACGGUCAUCUUUUUAGGCAUACUUCACAGCAUGGUGCGUUAUGCUGGUUUUGAAGUAACUAAAAAUUAUCAGGAGUCCACUGCUGCACCUACGUCAAUACUGUAUGCUCGCCUUUCGAACGCUACACCCCCACCACCACCAAUCAGAACGCUGGCUGAAGCGGUGUCGAAAUCUGUGGCCGGUGCCCUUCUCCAUACAUGUCCAAUUUCAGUUGAAAUGGUUGAUAGGGCGUCGCAAGUGAUGCAAACUCUGAUACUCCGAUUCUCUCAGUUGGGAGAAGCAGUAACCUUCCAUUACACUGACCUCCUCCUCGGCCGUGUGUGCACGAGGACCCCAGAAAUCUAUCUUACACAAAUUCAAGUCCUCGAAUAUUUCACUGUCCCACCAAUCUCUGGUGCCAAGGCACAAAAGCUCAAAUACACGAAGUAUUCUCAGAAAGGACAAGAAGACGAUAAAUUCGCACUACCUGUAGGAAGAAUACUUACAAUGGCUUCACGGCUCCUCUGUAUCACCCGAUCGCGACUGAGUGGGUCUCAGGCGAGAAAAUCUACAAGCAAUCCCGAAGAAAAAGCAUCACCGUCCUCUGUCGCCAACGAUCCCCAACAACUAUCUCCUCAAACGACAAUUCCUACGGAGUCUGCAACGAAAUAUGCUUCCGAAACAUCGACGGGUGAUGCUGCUAGGCAAGUGCCGGUCGCAGCAAUCGUGGAUGAACCCUUAGCGGACGACUCCCAGUGCAUCGGAGAAGCACAUGAUUCAACAGCAGAAGAGAAUGACGAAUCGGUCGGGAAGGACCGAGCUCAUAUUUUAACAAGAUCGUACAUUCGACGUUCUCGAAGUCGGUACAGAGCUGUUCACAGACGACAGAUGGAAGUAAUGCUUCGAAGAACGGCUUGGUUUCUGGGCUCAACUCCAACUCCCACUAUUAAGUUACCAAUUACUCCUCAGCUAUUGGUAACCCCUGAAGAAGUCCCAUGUGCUCCCACAUCAACACAAUCACUGCUUGAGAUUGGCAUGCCUAUAGAUAUAGAGGAGGAGAGGAAAUAUCAAGCCGAUAGUGAAAUAAAGAAAUUCCAGGAAAUGCUUGGCGUUCCAUUCUACCUUAGUCCCCUUCCACGUAUUAGCGUAACGAGUAUUAGAAGUGCUCCAACUGGACAAGUGUCGCCAAUGACUUCACUCCAUAUAGAUUCUGAAAAAGAAGACGACCGUGAAGAAUGUAUUGAGGAGUCAAGAAGCAUUCCACGAACAGAACUAUGA